AUGAACAUUUCAAACGGGAUUAACAAAUAUUUUAAGGAAGAAGUCUUCGCAAAAUGGUCUAUCUACAAUUGUCUUGAAUUUUUGGGAGAAAAUUGCAGAGGGGUGACGUCUGAACAUCGCAAAGAAAUUAUGACUGAAUUAAAACAUCAGUUCCAUUCAAUAACUACUCAUAACUCAAGCAACAAAAAAGUCCGAGAAAAGGCUACAAAACUUUUUAAUAAUGUAGAAGAAAAUUUUAAAUUCAAAGAGUCGAAUGAAAAGUUAUUUGAAACAAAAGCCGAUCUAUACGGAUCAAAGGUUGCAGUGCAUAUGAUAGACACGAUGUUGAAUUCUUUUCGAAUAGAAAGACCUUCCGUAAGCAGUCAGUCCACGAUAUUAUCUCCUGAAUGUGAUGCUGAAAAGAAACAUGAAAGUUUUGUCAAUGUCGCAGAAACAUCGGAUGGAGCCGAGGUUUUCAUGAGUCCUGAUAACAAUCAAAUUGUUUCCGAGAAUAUACAAACGUUAAGCAAUACAGAAUCUCAUGAACAAAAAGUAGAUAACCCGGAAAUCGUUGUGGAUAAGGUAGCUACAAUGAGGAACAGAAAUUUGGAGGAAAGAUUGAAACGUGACAAUUUGCGAGUGCAGUCCAUUGAAUCACGAAUAGUGGAUCUCUCAAAUUGGACGAAAGUUGAUUGGGAUAAGGUUCUUAAAGCAUCCGAUUAUGCGCAAUUGUUUAUCAAGUCAACUAGAAAACUUAAUAAAGAUAAAAUCGAUACGAAAGUAAAAAAUUUGCUUCACGAUAGACUUGGCUGUGUGAAGUCACUAAAUGAUCUCAUAUUAUGGAAAAAUAAAUUUGCAACUUUGGAAUCUGAGGAUGCACGAUUAACUAUCGGAAUUAUUGAAUUUUUUCAUCUGUGCUUACGAAGAGAGGUUAAUAUUCUUGUUAUGAAACAACGAGAGCGUGAUCAUAUUGUUAAGAUCCUUAGUCCAAUUUUUGGAUUAAUAUUUGAAGAAUUUAAUAUAGGCAUCUUUGAGCUUAACUAUUCACGUAGUGUUACUUCCAGAAUACGAAAGUAUAUUAAUGAAGAAUACGUGAAGUUAAACCCACCAUCUAGAAUGAUGGAUUUGGUAAUAUCAUUACGUAGUUACAAGAUUGAAUUAUUAGUGCUUGAAGCAGGGAAUACAGAAGGUCCUAUGGACGACACUAAAUUCCGGGAAGACCAUUCUAAAAUUAAAGUGGUAAUGAAAGAUUGUAUGGAUGCCUUUUGGAAUAAACUUCAUUUCAAAAAAGAUGAACUUGAAGAAGUCUUUGUGAUGGGCGUUCAGAUAACAGGCACAAAAUGGACAAUCUACUCCCUUACAUAUGAUAAUUCAAAAAGGUUUUAUUUUUUUGUCGAGAUGGCGGGGUUGACAUUACCAACAUUGUUAUCUGAUAUGAACGACCUCUUACCAGAUUUCUUGGAAAAUCUCCUAGCAUUACGGCAUACGCAAGUAGAUCUGGUUGCAAAGAUUCGAAAAUUUACUCAAAAAGGAUUUUCCACGCCGGCUCCAUCUUCAUCGUCAUUAUACGAAACAACGGAGACUCCUUCGAAAAAAAUAAUAUAA